CCAUAAAUAAAAAUAAAUUCACUUAUAAAUCAUAUUACACCAGCUGUUUUGAUUAAAUCAAACCAGUAUUAUUAUGGGCUAGAUUGUCAUAUCUUGAUUCUUUACAGUUUGUUUGUGGGUCCAUGAUCCACCCCAAAUUUUUUUGGCAGCCUGGAAAGAGCUGUGUAGGCUUCAGUGUAAUGUAAGAUCUUCAUUCUUCAACCUUAUUAUAAACAAUCUUUCAUGGCUUCUUCACACUCUAAUAAUAUUAUUAUUCUCUCUUCACUCCAUUCAAUCAACAUCACAGAUCACAAUACUUUCUGGGGUUGUUUAGAUUUGUAGAAAUAUAUCAUAUUGGAUCACCCAAUUUGCUUUCUUUCAUAAAAUGUGGAAUCUUUAGGUGUUCUUGUUGCUGAUUUGGGAUUUUAGGGUUCUACAUUGAGUAUUUGAAAUGGGUUUCAUGAAUCUUGAAUUCUUUUGGGUUUUUGGUAUUAAUUUGGAAUACCCAUUUGCUUAUUUGGGGUUUUAGGGUUAAAAAUUGAGUCUUUUUCAUAAAUCUUGAUUCUUUAAGCUACAAUUAGCUUCUUUCCCAUUCAAUUUUGGGGUUUAGAGUUAGUAGUUUCAAGAAAAAUGAAUUUUUUAAAAUGGGUACCCUCUGUUCUUGUUCUUAUAUCAUUAUACUUCCACAAAUCAUCAUCUUCUUCUUCAUUCACUCCUACUGAUAACUACUUGAUUGCUUGUGGUUCUUCACAAAACAUCACAUAUCUUGGCCAGACUUAUGUCCCUGACUCAACUCAAUCAUCAUUUGAUCUUGAGUCCCAACAUGAUUCCAAUAUCGUCGAAUCGGAUUCGACUGUUCCAUUACCAAUCCACCAAUCUGCUAGAGUAUUCACCUCUAUGUUCACCUACAAAUUCGAUAUCCGAAAACAAGGCCGGUAUUGGAUCCGGCUCCAUUUUUACCCGAUUCCGGGCCACAACCUUACUUCAGCCUCAUUCACAAUAGUUACAGAAAACUUUGUUCUGUUAGACAGUCACAGUUUCAAUAGCUACAAAGACGCCAAAUUCGUUUCGAAAGAGUAUUCGAUCAAUGUGACAUCAAACACAUUGCUUCUGAACUUUAUCCCAUCAAACAAUUCAAUCGCAUUCGUUAAUGGGAUUGAAGUUGUCUCGGUCCCUGACGAGUUGAUCCCCGAUCAGGCAACCGGGUUGUCACACAACCAGGUUAACGGGCUGUCGGAACUCGCGUUUGAAACGGUCUACCGUUUGAAUAUGGGCGGGCCGAAACUCACUCCACAAAACGAUACAUUAGGAAGAAUUUGGGAAAACGAUGAGAUUUUUCUUCAUGUUAACAGCUCUGCGGCAAAUGUGUCUAUCGACCCUUUGUCUGUAAAGUACACGCAAGAUUUGACUCCUGUGAUCGCACCGAAUAUGGUGUAUGCCACGGCUCAGACUAUGGGUGAUGCAAAGGUAGCGGAUUUGAAGUUUAAUAUCACAUGGGUUCUUCCGGUUGAUCCUGAUUUUGCAUACUUUGUUCGGGUACAUUUCUGUGAUAUCUUUAGUAAGUCGUCGAAUACACUUGUGUUCAACCUGUACAUAAAUUCGGAUAUUGCUUAUGGUGAUUUGGAUCUGUCGAACCUCACGGGUGACUUGGAUGUGCCUGUUUAUAGAGAUUUUGUCACGAAUUCGACUGAUGAGUCGAACACUUUGACUGUUAGUGUGGGGCCAGAAUUGGAUGCUGAUAAUCCGAAUGCAAUUUUGAAUGGUCUUGAAAUCUUGAAGAUUAGCAAUGGAGCUCGAAGCUUAGAUGGGCUUAGCGCGGUUGAUGAUCUGGUUGUUCGUCGGGCGAAAAAGUCGAAAAAGAUAUGUGUUGUGGUAGCUGCUGUUCUUGGAGCCGCUGUGGUGUUGGGUCUUUUGGGUUUGUGUUAUUGUUGUGUGGCGCGUCGUGGGUCGAAAAAGAUGGGUGAUUCGAAACCGAAACCGUCGUGGUUUCCUCCACAGUUGUACGGUAACUCGGUUACCUUGACGAAAACGACGAUGACUGCAAGCUGCAUUUCGUUAGCUUCAUGUAAUCUUGGAAGAAACUUUAGUUUUCAAGAAAUCUUGGAGGCGACGAACAAGUUUGACGAAAAUUUGCUGCUUGGAGUCGGUGGUUUCGGGCGGGUUUACAAGGGAACUAUGGAAGACGGAACCUGUGUUGCGGUUAAACGAGGAAACCCGCGAUCCGAACAAGGUCUUGCAGAAUUCCGAACAGAAAUCGAGAUGUUAUCGAAGCUCCGACACCGUCAUCUAGUCUCACUUAUCGGGUAUUGCGACGAACGGUCUGAAAUGAUUCUCAUCUACGAGUUCAUGGCAAACGGGCCCCUCAGAAGCCAUCUUUACGGUACAGAUCUUGCGUCGUUGUCAUGGAAGCAACGACUUGAGAUCUGUAUCGGGGCAGCUAGAGGCCUACAUUAUCUUCACACUGGUGCAGCAAACGGUGUGAUCCACCGUGAUGUGAAGACAACUAACAUUUUGUUAGACGAGAAUUUUGUCGCGAAAGUUGCUGACUUUGGUCUGUCGAAGGCGGGACCCACCCUCGACGAGACUCACGUCAGCACAGCCGUAAAAGGUAGUUUCGGGUAUCUAGAUCCUGAAUACUUCCGACGACAACAAUUGACCGAGAAAUCUGACGUGUAUUCAUUCGGGGUUGUUUUAAUGGAGGUGUUGUGCGCCCGGCCCGCGUUAAACCCAGUUCUUCCUAGAGAUCAAGUGAACAUUGCUGAAUGGGCUUUAACAUGGCAAAGAAAGGGAAAACUGGAUCAAAUUAUAGAUGCAAAUCUUGUGGGGAAGGUGAAUCCUGCAUCUUUGAAGAAAUACGGUGAGACUGCUGAAAAAUGUUUGGCGGAAUAUGGUGUUGAUAGGCUGUCAAUGGGUGAUGUGUUAUGGAACUUGGAGUACGCGUUGCAGCUUGAAGAAACAUCGGCUCUCGUGGAGCCUGAAGAUAGUAGCAUGAACCAUAUCCAGGGGAUCGGGUUGAGUCAACUCGGGCCGUUCGAUAAUAGUAUGAGUAUGAUUGAUAGGGAUAAGUUCAGGGCAGAUAAUGAAGGGGAAGAUGGUGCAACAAGUGGUGUGUUUUCUCAGCUUAUGCAUCCGCGAGGAAGAUGAUCGAUGAUUGACGAAUGUGGUUCUUUUGUUGGGGAUUAUGUGCAUUGGUUAUUCGUCAUUUGAUUCUUGUUUUGGAACGAUUCGUUUACAAUUGAAUAUAUAAAAUAAAGCACAAAGUGUUUGAAUCAAUUUGGUUGAAUGUUUUGCAUGAA